UGGACAGGCCAAUCUACUCUGGAGUAGCGGAUUGCUAAUCUCUUAAGCAUGUGUAUUUACAGAUGAAUCGACGCAGCGUGAUUGGGAAUACUGCGCAUCGUCCACCAUGUCAACCCCUCCAACCUCCAAACGAGUCAAGGCGUCUCCAUCGACCAGCGCGCCAUCGCACCUGCUAGCUCCGCAGCAGGUCAAUCCAUUUCAAAGAGUGCCUUCAUUCGAGGGCAUUCCUAUGCCCCAAUCUCAGCUUUCUCCCCCCAACCCCAAAAAGCGCCGUGCUUCGCCCCAGGUAAGCACUGCGACAACCAUGACAGCAUCUGGGACUACAGCCGCUGCGGCCGAGACCACACUUGAACCUGGGCCAGGAGCACCAGAAGCUCCCCCCAAGAAAAAGGGAAGGACCAACACUCCGUGGACUGCGGAGGAAGAGCAACGGCUAAAGACAAUGCGCGAUGCUGGUCGCAGCUGGAGUGAGAUUGCUAAGACAUUCCCUUUUCGAACUGAAGGGAGUGUUAAGAAGCACUGGUAUAAGGAUAUGCACUAUGCCGAAUUUGAUGAAGACGAGUCCAUAGCGCUCCGCGAGGCAAUCAAGGAAUAUGAGGCGAGCAAAUGGAAAGUCAUCGGACAAAAAGUUGGAAAACCGGCCAAGGCAUGUGAACAGUAUGCGAAAGAGCACUUUAAGGACCUCUAGACGCUCGACGGAAUUUGACGAAGACAUGAUUAUCAGUGCAUGGGAUAUCUGAACCGUUCGUUCAUGCUGCUGGGGAACUGGAUUCGCGCAACAGCAAUGCAUGUUCUUUUGUUUCUUCUUUUCUAUUUGACAACAAUUUGCACAAUGCUUGGCGAAGUGCUUGGAGUUUGCCUUUACUGUCCUUUCGCUUAGUUCUACUCUUCUCUUCGUUUACAUUUGGUAUACCCCCCUUAUCGUUU